AUGUGCUCGGCACAAGAGCAAACACUUUCUCAGGUGAAGGACUCUCAUGAAUCAGCCAUGCAUGGGAAUGAAGACACCGUUUCAAGCAGGCUUGGAACCACUAACAAGACAUGUUUGUAUUUCACCAUCGCUACCCUUGCUGCGUUACUCAUCUUUGCAUUAGCCACUAUCAUGGUCUUAGUCGUUCAGAGGACGGCAGCUGAUCCUGCCACAGAGGGCAUCGCAAAACCUAUGAGCACAGGGAACACCUCCGAAGACUAUUUAAGAAUCCUACAGAAUGUCCCGACCAGGAGAGCCGCUGCGUACAUGAGAGUGUCCAAUCCAGUAAACAGUUCAAAACUGAGCUUGGUCGAGAAGGGUAUUUGUGAAGACAUCCAAUGCAAGAGCGAAGAGCUGGUGAUAAGGGAACAAGGCCUCUACUUGAUCUAUUGCCAUUUGAACUUUCAUUUUCCCAACUGUUCAAAUAGCCCCACCGACCUCAAGAUAGAAUUUCUUGUGAAUGACAAAGUCAACAGGCAAACAUUAUCCACAUGGUGCGCAUCAGAAACGUGCCACGAAAAGACUUUUAAGACCUUGUUCCAACUCCAUUUGACAUACCUGAAGGUGAAGGACCGAGUAUCAGUAACACUUAAUCAUCCUAAAUUCUUGAAUGAAAUUUCUCUUCCCAAUGAAAACGUUCUUGGGGUGUUGAGGUACAAUGAUGAUAUGUGA